CCAAAAUGACUGAAACCGAAGUUGCUGCCGCGGCUCCAGCUGCCUCUCCUGCCAAGGCCACCAAGAAGCCAAAGGCCCCCAAGGGAGAUAAGAAGCCCAAGAAGCCAUCCACCCACCCGCCAGUCAACGACAUGGUUGUUGCCGCCAUCAAGACCCUGAAGGAACGCAAGGGUUCGUCGCUGCAGGCCAUCAAGAAGUACAUCGCUGCCAACUACAAGUGUGAUGUGGCCAAGUUGUCGCCCUUCAUCAAGAAGGCCCUGAAGAGCGGUGUCGAGAAGGGUAAGUUCACCCAACCCAAGGGCACCGGUGCUUCCGGAUCGUUCAAGAUCAAGGCUGAGGAUAAGAAGCCAGCUGGCGAGAAGAAGAAGAAGGUCGCCGCCAAGAAGCCAAAGAAGGCCGCUGGUGAGAAGAAGACCGUGGCCAAGAAGCCAAAGGCCGCUGGUGCCAAGAAACCGAAAGCCGCUGCCGCUAAGAAGCCAAAGGCCGCCGCAGAGAAGAAGGCCAAGGCUGCCACGGCCAAGACCGCCAAGAAAGCCGGCACCGUGAAGAAGGCUGCUGCCCCCAAGAAGGCCGCUGCCAAGCCAAAGGCCGCUGCCAAGAAGCCAAAGACCCCCAAGAAGCCUGUUGCCAAGAAGACUGUGGCCAAGAAGGCUGCCGCCAAGAAGUAAAUUGUCUCAUAAUUGACCAAUUCAACUUAACCUACAGAAUCAGUCCUUUUCAGGACUACCAGUCAUAUUUUACAAGAGUUUUUGAAAAGAAAUUUUUCAUUAAUUUGACAAUGAAAUAAAUUUGCGGCUUUAUCGUUGAGGGUUAAAGAGUUGAAAUGAAAGACGGAUAGAAGAUCAGAAGAAAAUUCUAAGGUGGUGAAAAAAGCGAAGAGCAUUUGGAAUAGAAGCUUGACCACAUACUAAA